CAAUUGAGUGUAAAGUCAACUGUCUCACCCAAACGUCAAACUGACAGUUUAGGUUAGGUCAAAACACCCCCAAAAAUGACCACAACAAAGUCAAAUAUGCGCGAAUUGGAGGCGGCGGCCAAAGACUCGGCCCGGGCGCACGUGGUGAACAUGUUCCAACGUCCAGGCCAGUUGGAAAAAGUCGACCACUUGAAGCGCCGCCUCACCCGCAAGAAAAACUCCGUGGAGGCGCUCCUCAAGUCCGCGAUGCAGCAACAACUCGACGGAGUCCGCGUCGGACUCAACCAACUGCACUGUUGUCUCGAAGACGUCCGCGAGAUCGACUCAAGCAUCAAAAAAAUGUUCACUCUCUUCAACGAAGUCCCCGACUUGUGCGCCAAGCUGAGCCAAGUCCGGGACGAAAACAUGCGGCAUUCGCAGUACGUGACCGCGCGCGAGAACUUGAAGCACAUCUUCACGGUCCCCGAAAGUGUGGAGAAGACCAAACAGUGGAUUAACGAAGGGAAAUUGCUCCACACCCAUCAGUGUCUGAGGGAUUUGGAAAUGUCCCGCGAUGAUUUACUGUACGAGUUGCAUAAGUUGCCAAACCAGUCACCGCAUGAUAAAUCCAUGCUUAAAGCGUACUUUGCCGACGUUGAGACUUUGUCCAAUUUAUUGGAGAAACAGUUGAGGCUGAUUUUGUCGCGUACGCUCAACACGGUGCGGAAGGAACCUACUGUGAUUGUCACAGCUCUCCGGAUAAUUGAACGGGAGGAGAAAACCGACCAAGAGGCACUUAAACAGGAAAAACAGACCGGGUUCUUGCCCCCAGGGCGGCCCAAAAAAUGGAAACAAAUGGCGUUCGAAGUGUUGGAAAAGUCAGUCGCUACUAGAAUUGAAGGCACGCAAGUCGACGAACGCGAUGACAACAAACACUGGCUCAUUCGUUACUUGGAAUUGACGCGGCAGCUCAUUUUGGAGGACUUGCGAGUUGUUAAAACACUGUGUGUCCCGUGUUUCCCGCCCAGGUACGGGAUCAUCGACAAGUACAUACAGAUGUACCACCACUGCCUGUCCCGCCACUUACAAGAAGUGAUUCAGAACGGAAUCGAAGGCAACGAAUACGUGACCAUCCUCUCAUGGGUCAGUAAAACCUACCAAGGGGUUGAGCUACUGGGCCACCCGGACUUGGUCGAAUACACCAAACACCUGGAGCCUUUGCUCCCCCAGCCCGUGAUGGAGACCCUCGAGGCCGAGUAUUUGCGCAACAUUGAGACAAACUACGGGGAAUGGAUGCGAAACACCCUAAACUCAGAGGAGAAAGAGUGGCGCUCGAACAUCGAACCCAACUCGGAGAACUACACCCGCACGGCAGCCCCCAUUAUCAUCUUCCAAAUGAUCGACCAGAACUUACAAGUCUGCAAGACGAUAAGCGACGAAAUGACGUGCAAAGUCCUCAUCUUGAGCAUAGAGCAAGUCAUCAAUUUCGGGGACAUGUACCGGAGAGCAAUCGUCGAGUUCAAAAACAAAUACUUCGAGGACCGCAAGCAAGUCCCGUACUUCACCCAGUACAUGAUCAUGAUCGUCAACAACUGCCUCCAACUGGCCGAUUUGGGGUCACAGUUGGAGAAGCAGUACUGGGCCCCCACGUCGCCGCCAACUCUCGGCGAUCAUUUCAACCGCUUGCGGACGACUUUCAUCCAGUUGCGCAACGACUCCGGCGAUUUCUUACUCGAGGAGUUGUUCCUGGACUUGGACAAACACUUUGACGAAUUGUUCACCCCGCGCUGGCUGGGGACUUCGCACCCCGUCGACACGAUUUGUGCGACUCUCGACGACUACUUCCAAGACUACAAUCGCCUCAGCGAACCCAACUACAAGUUUAUUGUGCACCAGGCCCGCGCUUUGGUCUCCAAACGCUACUUAACCGCGCUAUUGUCCAAAAAAGGCACUUUUAAGACGUAUGAAGAGAGCGUGCAAGCCAGCGGAAAGAUCGUCAAGGAGGCCAAUCAGUUGGGAAAGUUACUAGACACACUGUGCAGUUUAGAAGGCGAUGACCCGUUUGAGAGCGUUAUUUUGUUAACGGAAGUAUUGAAGAGCGACGAUGAUAUGCUAUCCUUUGAGCUACAUCGGAUUGUUGAAAAGUAUCCCGAUAUCACCGAAGAUCAUUUAUUGCGACUGUUGAGUCUGAGGGGUGACCUUGCCAGGUCGGACAUCCGCGAUAAAGUCGCGCAUUUGCCCAAAGUUAAGGCCACGCACCAGAGCAGCGUGUUCCGGACGCUGGUGUUCCCCAAACUUGUUAAUCUCAACGUAUUCAACAAUUAAAUCUAUAAGAUAGAAUAGGUUUCAUUUGAUUUUGAGA